UUUACCUGCUUUUGCUGUAAUUUUGCUUUCGCUAAAAUCGAUCUUUCCCAUUAGAUAUUUUUGUCAGUAUUUUUUAUAAUAAAAUUUGUUAGACAUAUACAUAUAUGUAAUAAAGUCAUCGAAUUUUGCUGCCAAAACAAAAUGUCUAAAUUAGGUUUGGAAUAUUUAAACUUGUGAAAAUAUAUCAAACAUUUCGUUGCCUUGUUUUCGAAUCCCACUCAGUAAGGGAAUCUAUUUCUCCACUAUCUACCAAAAUUACAUAUCGUCUCAUCGAAAUAAAAUAAGUGUUGAAAAUUAAACACGUAAUGAGUUGCUUCCCGCGUCAAUCGGAAUGUUGCUGCUGUUCGUCUUGUUCGCCCUGUUGCAAUUAUAUGGGUGAUUGCUGCAAUAUCCGUCGAAAUCGGUCCUGUAUUGAUUGUUUUCCAACGCGAAUGAUUCCGGAUGUACAAGUUCCUCCCAAAAAAACUAAGUCUAGAAGUUCUCCAAUUAAGUCUUCCAUGACUAAAAAUAAUAAUAAUAAACGUCCAUCUCAAAUUAAAAAUGGAAAGCGUUUAAAUGUACCAGCCGAAAGCGAACCCAGUAUGGAAACUAAGAAUCCUAAGCAGACAAAGAAUAAGCAAAACUUUCAAUACCAGGACCUGAAGAAGCGUAUGGAGGUAAUAAGUGAGGAAGCAGAACAAGAUUCGAAUGAAGAGCCAUUCAGCAGCAAAAAUAUUCAGAAUUCAUGUGCCGACUUUCUCAGUAUUGUACAUGACACGGUAUUGGAAACAGUUCAGAGUUCGGUUGAAUGCAUGAUGCGAAAUUAUUUUGUCCAUACAAUGGAAAAGGUCGAAACGUUGUGUUCGCAGAUGAUGAGAAAUGAAUGUUUAUUAAGCAAAAUGUACUUGGAUAUUUUAGACAAAAUAUCACAGCAAAGCGAGAAAAGUUUACGACAGUUUAAAUGCUUGUGUCAAUUUAUUGCCGAGACUCAGAGAGAAGUUAGCGAAGAUCGUACACAGAAUCAGAGAUGCAAUUGUCCGAACUGCGCGGGAAGGGAAGAAUCUUUUAUAUCACUAGCUAAAGAGAGGGCUUUGUCAAAAGGACGCCGCCUCUCUGGAAGCGGCAAUAGUAACAUUAACUUCAAUGUUUAUAAGAAUGAGUUAAAUGCAAGGAACUAUUGUGAUCCCGACAACGAGGUAAAACCUAAAACAUCGCAGACAAGCUGCACAAAUUUAGCACAGUCUAAAAAUAAAUUACUUGAAAAGCUAUCAGGUAAUAUUAGUAGCCCGAGUAAUGAGGCAAUUCGGCGAAAUAUUAGACGGUUGAAUGAAUCUGACCACUUUGAGUUUUCCAAUAAUCGCAGAAUUCCUGAGCUCCCUAGGGUCGAUGACAGUUUUAAAAUGGAACAGUAUGAGAAUCGAAUAGAAGGUGGCAAAUACGUUAGUGUGAAAACAGGGCCAAGUGAAACAAACAUGCCGAAAGUAAAACUGUAAUGACAGCUAUUUUAUCCAUUGCCGUAUUUCGUGACCAGUAAUAUUUAACUGUGCAUCAAAAGUGGCGAUUUAAUGUUUUUAUUACGAAUAUUUCGAUGAGCCUUGUACGAGUAUGUACAUAUACAGACGAGUGUAUUUAAAUCAUUCUUCAGCUGUUGUCGCAGGGUAAAAGACAGAGACUUCUCUUCCAAUUUGCAUAUACCAGUAGAUGUAUGUGUUGGAGCAGAAGUUUUCGUUUUUUAACUUAUCAUAAUUUUGAUUCUUCCAAAUUUAACGAAAGUUUAAAUCCUCUAAUAUAUUAUAUUCAAAUAUCGAGCCCGAAACAAAAAAUAUUUAUUUUCUUGGAUGCGUAUUGCGUAAAGUAUACAAGGUAAAAUUGCAUAGAAUCCAUAACUAGGGUAAUAAUGGUUCAUUCUGUUUCUUACAAAAGAGUUUUGCAACUCCUUAAACGCAAUUAUUUACUGUUAUAGCAAACACCGAUAUGUCUAGUUAUAAAUAUGGUUUUUAUAUUUAUGUUUAUAGUAUUUGAAUCAUUUACCACCUUUUUUAAGGUUUUUAAAUGCCUAUUCAUCCAUAUGUUAAUCAGCAUUACAUCUGCGCAGAAUUGUUGGAAAAGUGAACUCUGGUACAGGAUUUAUUGUAGUAAAACUCAAAUAUUUGCGUACAUUUUUUUAGUUUAUGUAAUGUAACAUUAAAACAUAUUAGUAGCGUGGCCUCUGCAAUUAAAAAAAAAUACAAAUAAAGAUA